AUGAGGCUGGCUUUGCUCCUGCCUUGGGCGUGCUGCUGCCUCUGCGGGUCGGCGCUGGCCACCGGCUUCCUCUACCCCUUCCCAGCCGCGGCCCUUCCGCAGCACGGCUACCCGGAGCCCGGCGCCGGUUCCCCCGGCAGCGGCUACGCGGGCCGCCGGCACUGGUGCCAUCACACGGUGACGCGGACGGUGUCCUGCCAGGUGCAGAACGGCUCGGAGACCGUGGUCCAGCGCGUGUACCAGAGCUGCCGGUGGCCCGGGCCCUGUGCCAACCUCGUGAGGACUCUCAUCAGACCCACAUACAGGGUGUCCUACCGCACGGUGACAGCGCUGGAGUGGAGGUGCUGCCCUGGCUUCACCGGGAGCAACUGUGACGAGGAAUGCAUGAACUGCUCCCGGCUCAUGGACAUGAGCGAGCGGCUGACCACACUGGAGGCCAAGGUCCUCCUGCUGGAAGCAACCGAGCAGCCCUUGGGCCCUGACAAUGACCUGCCAGCGCCCCAGAGCACACUGCCACCCUGGAAUGAGGACUUCCUUCCUGACGCCAUCCCCCUGGCCCACCCGGGACCCCGGAGGAGGAGACCCACUGGGCCAGCUGGACCCCCGGGACAGACGGGACCACCAGGACCUGCAGGGCCACCAGGGUCCAAAGGGGACCGGGGCCAGAUGGGAGAGAAAGGCCCAGUGGGGCCACCGGGGCUCCUAGGGCCACCAGGGCCCCGUGGACUUCCUGGAGAGAUGGGGCGUCCUGGCCCCCCUGGCCCCCCUGGCCCAGCAGGCAGCCCAGGCCUCUCACCAAGUGACCCCCAAGGUGUCCUCUAUUCCCUGCAGCCACCUACGGACAAGGACAAUGGGGACUCUCAGCUGGGACCUGCCGUCGUGGACACUGUGCUGGCAGGUAUCCCUGGGCCGCGCGGUCCUCCCGGCCCCCCCGGUCCCCCAGGACCACAUGGUCCCCCAGGACCUCCAGGAGCCCCCGGAUCCCAGGUGCUGACUGCACGAUUUGCUUCCCAGAGUGCGCCUGGAGUGACUUCGGAGGAAGGGGACAAAGCCACCAAUGGGGAGGGCGAGGGGGUGCAGCAGCUGCGAGAGGCUCUGAAGAUCCUGGCAGAGAGAGUCCUCAUCCUGGAGCACAUGAUUGGCAUCCACGAUCCUCAGGCUACCCCUGAGGGGGGCUCCGGCCAGGAUGCCACCCUGAGAGCCAACCUCAAGAUGAAACGGGGUGGCCCCCAACCUGAUGGUGCCCUGGCUGCCCUGGUCACCCUGCUUGGUCCUGAGUCGGCGCAGAAGAGCACUGGCCAGGCCAGUGGCAGGAAGUGA